GUGGACUUCUCAAUGACAGCGCACAACAAGCUCUUCUCAUUGGUGGAGGAGCACGAGGCGGAGGGCGCACUGGAAGGGCUGGUGGCGAGGCGGCGACGGGACUUCACGGGGGAGUUCUUUGAGCACCUGCAGAUCCUGUGCCAUACCAACCAUGAUAACCCGCAGCGGCAGGAUGAGAUCGCAUCUCUGGCAGCCAAGUGUCUUACAGCGGUGGACAUUCAUGACAAGGUGGAGGCGGACGAGGUGGCGGUGGAGGCAGCUCAAGCCAAGUUUGACGACAUCAUGGGCAGUGGCAGCCUGGCAGAGGCGUGUGGGAAGAUCGACCAGCUGGCGGCACGGCAGCAGCUGGACUCGACGCUCAUGCUCAUGAUCACCAAGGCGUGGGCUGCUGCCAAGGAGAGCAACAUGAUGAAAGAUGAGGUGAAGGACAUCAUGUACCAUCUGUACAAGCAGGCGCAGAUCAACAUGCGCAUGCUCGUGCCCAAGGAGGUGCGCAUCCUGCGCCACGUACUCGCUAUAGACGACCCCCGCCAGCAGCUCACAGAGCUCACCAACGCAUUCUCGCCUGGAGGAGAACUUGAAGUGCAGAACGCUUCAGAAGACAUGCUCUACACAACACCGGAGAAGCUUCUGGAGGUGAUAGAACAGGUGCUGGAUGCGUACUAUGCGCAGCGCAGGCAGCAGAGCUCACUGAUUGACGAGGCCAAGAAGCUCAUGAACCCAGCAGUGAUUGCCAGAAUGGAGGUGCUGAAAGACGUCAUAGUGGACCAGUUUAUGUAG